UUAGAUCUUUCCGAUUGACUUAUUGAUGUAGAUGGAUGCAAAAAUGUCGGAUGGCAGAAGACCAAUAAUUUCAGUGGGCGGACUAGAUGAAAGCGGUUCUGAAAACGAAUUUGAUUCAAGAAAUAUAGGUGCAGAUGCAUCAAGUAUUCUUAGCGAGGAAGAUGGAGUGUUUGGAGAUGUAAAUGGGAAGCUUCAGGCUGCUACGCACGACUGGCUCAACAUGACCUACAUUAUCAUUUAUCUUCAAGGUGUAGGAUCAUUACUUCCUUGGAAUUUCUUCAUUACCGCUCGGGGAUAUUUUGAAAUGAAGUUCAAAGGAGAUGCCAAUAUACAGAACAUGUUUGAAAGUGCCUUUUCUGUAGCAGCAAUGAUACCAAACGUUUUGUCUCUGCUUGUUAACGUCUUCCUAACAAAGCAAGUGAAUCGAAAUCUGAGAAUGCUCACGUGCCUUUUCGUAACUCUCGUGUGUUUCAUAUUAACCGCAGCCUUUGUAAGAAUAGACACAUCAUCAUGGACGAAAGAAUUCUUCGGAGUAACCAUUGGAAUUGUUGCACUUAUAAAUAUGGCCUGUGCAAUUUACGGGGGAACAUUUUUUGGAGUUGCAGGAGUUAUAGGGCAAAAGUACACCCAGGCAAUGAUGGGUGGACAAGGGCUUGGUGGGACUUUUGCAGCCCUGGCAAGCAUACUUUCUUUAGUAAUAGGGAGUAAACCAGAGGACAGUGCAUUUGGGUACUUUUUAACUGCGGUCAUGGUAACUCUAGUAUGCCUUGUUGCAUACUUCAUCUUUUUCAGGCUUGCUUAUGUCAAGUAUUGCUUGAACAGAAAUGAAUUCAGAUCAUUGCGUGGGAGCCAGGCUAGCACAAAGCCAUCAAUCAAUGCAUUAACUGCAAGUUCCAGCAGUCUUUUAAGUGUUACUAGCUUGGGAAGCAGUUUUAGCUCUACACAAUAUCCCAUCAGAGAGAAAACACCAUACUUACAGAUUCUGAAGGAUUUGUCUCCAAUGUCAUUGUCAGUUUCAUUUGUGUUUGUGGUCACACUCUCACUGUACCCUUCAGUUGUGUCUGGUAUUCAGUCAGUAAAUAAGGACAGUGGUGAUGACUGGACAAACUCAUUGUUUUCACCUCUGGUUUGCUUUCUGUUGUUUAAUGUUGGUGAUUUAACAGGGAGAACUUUAGCUGGAAUUGUCCCAUGCUUCAGCGAAAAAAGCAUUUUGUUGCGGAUCCUUUGCAUUUCACGAGUGGUAUUCAUACCACUCUUUGCAUUAUGUAAUUACAGUCCAGAUCACCGAAGAUUCCCUGUCUAUCUAAAACAUGAUGUUUAUCCAGUUAUAAUAAAUGUUUUCUUCUCUAUCAGCAAUGGAUAUCUUAGCAGCCUUUGUAUGAUGUAUGGUCCCAAGUUGGUCAACCCAAAGUACGCUGAAGUUGCUGGAACAAUAAUGGCACUGUUUUUAUCGUGUGGGUUGGCUCUGGGAGCUGGUCUUUCAUUUGCAAUAACAGCAAUAAUAUUGCAUUGAAACUGACAUUUUAAUGCAUAAACAGAUAUUAUCAAAUUACAUAAAAUAAAUGAAUAUACACAUAUGACUGAAUCACAUAGAGUUUUCCAAAAUGUGAUUGAUUUUGCUAUUUUCAUCCAAUUGUAUUAAAUUUGCACAUAUAACCAUCGGGGUUUGAGAUGUAUUGCAGAAGACCUUAAAGGCAACAUUGUUCUAUCCACAAAUUGGAAUGACAGUAGAAAUUUUGAAGUAAACAAUUAUUUUUUGAUAGAUGUUUAUUAACAGUUGUGCUCAAAAGUGAGGGAUUAUUUGGAUUUGGGAGAAACCCUCUAAAUUAACAUUCAGUAUAUAUAUACUACUUUUGUUGAUAUAUUAAAGGUGAUCAAUGGAUGAUUAAGUGGUGCCAUCUUUCAAAAGGCAAAUAGCCAAUCAGUGAGCAUAAUAACACUCCCAUACUUAUUGAUUGGUUAAUAUUGGUUAACAGAUGACUUAAGUUAUUUUAAUAUCGGUCAUGCCUUCAAGUUCUAUCUCAGUACAGUGGGAUUUAAAUUCCUUGUGUCUCCAAACAACUUGAAACUGAGACACCAGAAAUUGGUACAAGUAUAGGUCAUGUAGUUCCGUUGUUAGAUCAUAUUAGUUCCCUAUUUUAUGUGUCGCCAUUCUUUACUAAUUUAACACCAUUUUGUUGUUGGGAUUAUAUUGAAAGUGUUAAUUCUGUGAUGUUUAAAAAUGUUAGUAGAGAUUGAAAUUCAAUAUUAACUAUUUUAACUAUUCUACCAUGCAAUUCUUCUGUUUUUUGCUCUAUGUGUUUUAAAGAUAUUUAGAAAAAAAUAAUAAGGUAAACUUUUUGAUUCAUAAAUUGUUUAUUUUCAAUGAAUUAAUCAACUCCCCUUGUGUUUUCAUCUAUCCUCAAAUUUGUUUUUGUGUGUCUUUCAAGAAAUAUUUAUGGUCAGAAAGCAAACACCUAAGCUUACUAAAGAAACUCUGUUGUGUGGCUCGCUUCAUAAAGCUUAGAGCUAGGACAAAAGAACAAUGAUUUGGUGGUAAGAAAGGAGUGUGCUCUUGCAAACUGAAUAAAAGGCUUAAGUGAUUGUUCAAUUUACAUUAUACCUAUUAUGAAGGUCUUUACUAGUUUGGACAUCAUCACUGAGCCACUCUUUUGCUCCCAACUCAAUUAGGGCCAAAUAAAAACUAUGCUAGCAUACUGAAGCUCACGUAUCUACUCCCUGAGGAAGAAAUGAAUUAACAAAGCUAACAAAUGAAUUCUUUGAAUCUGAGUAAGAUAGUCCCCUCAG